AUGACAACGAAGCCGCAGUUCAUAGACAUCGGCGUCAACCUGACCGACCCCGUGUUCAGAGGCAACUACCACGGCAAGCAAGCACACGAGGAUGACUUUGACACCGUCCGGACUCGAUCCCUCAAUGCUGGCGUCGUCUCCCAAAUCCUCACGGGCGGAAAUCUCGCCGAGUCACACGAAGCCUUGUCACUUGCUCGGUCGUACGAUGGCUUCUACUCGACUGCCGGCUGUCAUCCUACCCGGACGUCAGAGAUGGAGUCGUACGUCGAAGGAGCAGAUGCGUAUCUAGGAAAAGUCAAAGAAUUGAUCCUAUCUUCUCGCAGCGACAGCAUACAGAAGGUGGUAGCGGUAGGAGAGUGCGGGCUAGACUAUGAUCGACUGCAUUUCUCGCCCGCCGAUGUGCAGAAGAAGCACUUUGCUGCGCAGUUAUCGUUGGCGAUAGACGUUCAAUUGCCGCUGUUCCUGCAUUCCAGAGCAGCCCAUCGUGACUUUGUCAACCUACUCAAACCACGCAUCGACGAGAUCCAUACAGCGUUAUCACAAAGCGCAGAACUGCACCAGGACGAUCCAGAAGCAAAGCGAGUCGGCGUAGUCCACAGCUUCACAGGCACCAUCGACGAGGUCAAGGAAUUGCUCGAUCUCGGACUCUUUAUCGGCAUCAACGGGUGCUCUCUCAAGACGCAGGACAAUCUGAAUGUGCUGCAACACAUCCCGCUGUCACGGCUUAUGCUCGAAACCGACGCACCCUGGUGCGAUCCUCGCUCGACGCACGCCUCACAUUCUCACACCCAGUCCUUCAAACAGACCAAUCCCGAUCUGCAUUCUCUCUAUCAACCUGCUUCGGUGAAGAAGGAAAAAUGGAAGCCCGACGCCAUGGUCAAAGGUCGCAACGAGCCGUGCGUCAUCGGCCUCGUAGCCGCCACCGUCGCCAGUGUCAAAGGGGUUCCGAUUGAACAAGUUGCACAAGCAGCCAUGUACAACACGCGUUGGCUCUUUCAUCUCAAAUAA